UGAUUGGUCAAUCGAUUGUCUGAUAUUUUGUACCCCCAUCUUUGGCAAUAAAUUGACACCUUCAUGUCAAGAUUUCAACAGUUUCUUCGACAAAGCACGAUAUCAGUAUGAGCUCGGGAGCGCCGCUACAAGUUGACACGAACGAAGAUCCAUCACCCCAUGAUCCAAAUAGCAUCGGUGACGUUGACAUGCAGACACCGACGAUCGAAGCUAGUACAUCACCUGUCGCGUUGUCCGCCUUGGUGCAUCAAACAGUCGAGAUGCUAUCUGAUGGGACAACAGUGCAGGGAACGUCCACCCACCCUGAUUUCCGCAAGCUCACACCGGACGAUGCGACAGUCGUGCUAUCAGAAUCAGCGCAAGACGUGUUGCGUGAGGCAGAAUCGUGGUUGUCGAGCUGCCCUGUGCAGUCACGACAGUGGAUCAUCUACGAAGCCAAGCUGCGUCCAGACGUGUCGAUGUCUGCGCUCCACGACUUGGUGUCCACCAUCCUUCUCACCCACGGGUUUCAACUCGACACUGUGAGUUCUGACGACCCUUCGCCUCUUUCCAGCGGUCUCUACCGUCGUAUGAUCGAAUCCUCCACCGCGUUCCAAUCCCCCGCCCACGACCUCGUGUAUGCACGCAUUGGCGUGUCCUCGUCCAAGCUGCGCGUUCUCCGCAUCUUCGUCGGUGUCGUCGGUGGCACUGGUGUUCCGUUCAUAUCCACGUCCUCGUCGGCGACCAUUGAUGCGCAACUGCAUCGCACGGCCGACGCGAUCUUUACACAUGUCCAAGCCGCCAUCUUGGACGUGGGGUAUGCCUUAGCCAUGCUCUCGUCGCCGUCAUUUUGCGAUGCUUCAGACGAUUCUACUUCCGUGGCGCUCGACGACGACUACGUCAAGGACGUUACCGUCGCCUUUGACAUGGAAAUGAAAGCGACGUUACGGCAACUGUCGCUGCCAUUAGAAGAGUACGCGCACGCCCACGAAGUCGCGACGGCCCACCUGCUCAGCCUCGUGGAGCCGUUGUACCUUCAAUUCCACUUGGAGAAACCUCAACCCCCGCGUCCUUCCGACGCCAUCCGCCGUCCACCGCAAGCCACCCUCGCCAAGGAAGAAUUACUAGUGUCUGGCACUCCGACGACUGCUAAGAUUGUCGCUGCGAUGUCGAGGGAUGGCGAGUCGCGAGGACGGCGAGUGACGCAACUGGUGCAUGCGUUGUGGGAAGCCCAGAGCACCAGAGUGAAAACCAUCGUGGACGCCAAAGUUCGUGAAAAGCAAGCGCAAAUCGGCCGGCGGGUCGAAUACACCAAGCAUCUCCGUCAUAUGGCCAUUCAUACGAUUGUGCAAUCUGCGCAAGCCAAGCCGAUGCUCCAACGGGCCAUGGGGUCCGCGGCGAAGGCGGCGUGGGAAGGCGCCGUGUUGUACGAAGGCGCGGGCCUCUGGGGCAAACUGCCCGUGAAAUUCUACGUCACGUUCGAGUACAUGCUACUAACCUCCUACUAUGACAACUUCCUGCCGAUGCUGAUUCGUGGCGAAAUGAUAUUACCUAGUCGGGUGGUGAUCAAGACGGGUGUGUUUAUGUUUGCCUCGUUCAAAGACAUUGCUUUCGACACGAUCGUCAGGGUGACAAAACCCCAUGUGCUCGGCAUCUCUGUGAUUUCCCUCCACACGCAAAACGACCACCAACAUGCCGAAGUCCAGCUCACCCUCGCGUCCGAUGUGGAUCGCGUGUUUGAGUUGCUUUACCAGAUAUGUAUCAUGCAUAAUAUGCCAGAGAUAACUGGAUAAGAACAAGGCCAUAACGUCAAAUAAAGAAAAGAACGACAUAUUGUGCUUUCGAG